AUGGUGUACUGGGCUCUGCUCACCGACCUUAUCGCCGCCGUCUCAUCCACCGUCACCGACGCGUCAUUUUUCCCCCGAGUCUUCCUCAAGCUGCUCAAGGCCGGAUGGACCUGCUGCACCUCCCCGUGCCGCCUGUAUGCCAAGGCAUGCAAGGCGUCUGCUUACCCGCUUCCUUCAAGGCCCAACAGCAGCAGCAGCGGCGGAUGGUUUAGUGACCAUACGCACGAAUCGGUCAGAUCUCAUCAUGCAUCGUGCAGUGGCGUCCAUCCCAGUGGUCCUCCCUCUGCUGCUGCUGCAGAUGCUGCUGCGAAUGAGAGCGCCGCAGAUCUACCUGCUUCUGAAGGCGUCGAAUGGCUGGUGGAGUCGCAGGAGCGAAUGGGACCGGAAGGCUGUCUGCAGACCGACAUUCCGCUGUCGCAAGGGGAGCAGCAGGAGCAGAAGAGGCGGCAGCAGUUGCGAUGGCGGAAGCGGCUGACCGCGACGUUCCGCAGCCGCUACACCAAAUCGGCUUCUGCUGUCGAGACGUCCCGAAAUGCUACUGCGGGUGCAGGCGUCGGUCGGAAAGGGAGCGCGGUCAACGGGAGGAGCGCGGACGCUGCGGAUGGAGUUGCGUCGCCGUGCUCGCCGGACGCUGUCACGCCCAUCGUGCUGGUUCAUGGAAUCUUCGGGUUCGGCCACGGGAAAUUCGGCGGCAUUUCGUAUUUCGGCGGCGCGGAGUACCGGCACGACAAGGUGCUGGUACCGGACCUGGGGUCGCUCACGAGCAUUCACGACAGGGCCAGGGACCUCUUUUACUACCUCAAGGGCGGCACGGUCGACUAUGGCGCCGAGCACAGCGCCGCGGCUGGCCACGAUCGCUUUGGCAAGACAUACGCGCAAGGCAAGCACCCGCUGUGGGACGCGCAGCACCCGAUACACCUGGUGGCGCACUCGUCGGGCGUGCAGGCCGCCAGGAUGCUGCAGCACAUGCUGCACAACAAGGAGUUCGAGGGGCAUGAUGACACGAGUGCGGACUGGGUGGCGUCCAUCACGUCGCUGUCCGGCGCGCUCAAUGGCACCACGCGCGUCUACAUCGACGGCCUCUCCGUGCGCGACGGAGUGACGGUGCGCCCUAUGUGCCUGCUGCAGGUGCUGCGAAUCGGCUCCAUCAUCUUCGAGUGGCUCGACAUCGCGCCGCUUAAAGCCUUCUACUCCUUCGGCUUCGACCACUUCCCCCUCUCCUGGCGCCGCGUGGGCCUCUGGGGGCUUGUGAAGGCGCUGGCGGGAAAGACGGGGCCGUUUGCAUCGGGCGACUGGGUGCUGCCGGACCUGAGUCUGCACCACAGCAUGGAGCUCAACAAGAAGCUGCAGACGCAUCCCAACACCUACUACUUCAGCUAUGCGACAGUGAAGACGCGCAAUCUGAUGGGGUGGGUGGUGCCCGCGGCUCUCUCCAUCCACCCCAUCUUCACCCUCCGCUCGCUGCAGCUCUGCCUAUGGCGCCUCCCUAAACACGCACCUAAACCCUACCCCAAUUAUCGCGACAAGGACUGGUGGCACAAUGACGGUGCGCUCAACACCAUCUCCAUGCUCUACCCGCGCUUCCCCACGCCACAGCCGCACUCGCCCCUCCCCCGCAUCCAACCCUCGCAGGGCACCCCACCAUACAAGCCAGGCAUCUGGUAUUUCUCCCUGCUUGAGGCGGAUCACAUUCUGUUCAUCAUCAGCAGGCAGCGAGCAGGCGUGCGCUUUGACGUGCUCUAUGACUCCAUCUUCCACCGCUGCCGCACCGACCUCGCUGCCCUCUCCAUCAUCGCUUCUGCUGACUCCAAUGCUGCCACCUCCGCCUCGUCUGCUGCUGAGACUGCUGCUGCUGUGGCUUCUGUGGAUGGAGGAUGGCUGGGGGCUGAGCAGGGCCAGAUGUCGGGGGAGGGAGAGGAGGAGCAGGAGGGAGUGGGGUUGGCCUUGAGUGAAGUGGCGGGUAAGGUGAACAGUGGUGCUGCGACCAAGUCUCGUUCAUAUCGCCUCGUCACUUCCUCCUCCACGCCCUCCUUUUUGCCCUCCGAUGUUGCCUCACCACGUGGCGAGUGCGAAAAGGCUGGAAGUGCACUUUCACGGACAGGGCUUGGCUUGGAUGGGGCAAGGGCAGCGACCAAGUGCAGAGAGAUUGUUGAAAACGGGGUGAUGGAUGGGGAGGAGGGCAGCACAGAUGAUGCGAUUCAGUGGGCUCCCCAGUACAAGUGGACUGUGGGUGAGAAUGAGGUGGAGGAAGUGGAGGGGAAAGAGCUGGGGCAUCACCGGUACCAGGAGCAGGAGGAGGCGGGUGCGAGGGUUGACGGGUGCCAUGAGUGCGACAAGCAGCAGAGGGCACUGGCAGCAGUGGUGGACCUGUUUGGUGCGCCACUCACCAAUGUGUGUGUAUGCAGCUUGAGGAAUGGCCGUGGGGGAAGUGGAAAGCACGGGAGCAGGAGUGGCAGCGGGAUGCGAAGCAGCAUGAGCCUGGACUUUCUCGGGGACAUGUGGUUGUGGAAUGGAGGAGGCAAGGGUGUGAGCAGCGGUCGUGCCGGAAAGGGAAAGGAGAACACAGGAAGAAUAAGAAAGGUUACCUGGUGGGAAGGGGCUGACCUUCACAAGCACAACCGCGGAUUGCUGUCCCUGGAAGGGGAGGAUCAGGACGGUGGCAGCAAUGCUGUUCGCUGUGGGGCUGGGGGUGUGAUGGCUCUUGACUGGGGCUCAUUUGCCUGGAACGCUGGUCUGCGCAGCCAGUUCCUCUCCUCUCACCGUCUUCCCCUCGUCCUCCCGCUACCGCAUUUUGCGACCGCUUUCCGCCACCGCCUUCCGCCACCGCGCUUCGCGACCGCCUUCCGCCACCGCAUUUCGCGACCGCCUUCCGCCACUCCCGGAUCUCCCCCACCGUCAGCCAUGCCUCUCUCGAAGCAUCGCGACUGCCCGCGGGCGCCGCACAUUCAUCUCCUCGCGUUCGGCCUCCUCGCGCUGCUCUCCCUCCCCGCCAUUCUCACGUCCGAAGCCGCUUCCCGCACACCCGCACAGGCGGAGGAGCGCGCGGAGAUGAAGCGCAAGCUGAACGAGAUCGGGGCGCGGCACCCGAUCGUGGUGGUGGGGCGAUCGUACUGCCGCGAUACCCGGCGAACGCGGGCGCUGUUGGAAGGGCUUGCGGGCGACUCGGGCGGGACUAUUUGGCCGGUGAACGUUGACGGCACGGAGGAGGGGCCGGGCAUCGAGAAUGCCGCGGAGGUCGUCUACGGCACCACCGCCAUGCCGCAGGUGCGUGCGCCGCUGCGCGCAGGUUGGUGGUUUUGGUACGCGCAGGUACGGGCGUGGGUGCGCGCAUGUGGGGAAUUUGGUGCUCGCGUGUUCAUAGGUGGGCGGUAUGUGGGGGGCAAGGAGCAGGUGAUGGACCUGCAUGAGCGCGGCAAGCUCAAGCCCAUGGUGGACCGCGCUCUAGGCGGAGGCAGGGAGCUCUACGUCGAUCUGCGUUUUCUCCUCGUCCUCGUCGCGACGCUACCUACGACGUGGCUGAAGCGACAUCGACAUCCCCGACUUGUUACGGUGAAGGUGCUCUUGGAGGCUGCUAGGCGUACAUCCGAAGCUUUCAAGGGAACAACAGCUUUCGUGGCUCUCCAUUCUUCAAGGCGUCGUCGCGAUGCCAUCUACGACGUGGCUGAAGUGUCAUCGAUCGACCAGAGGAGCAGAGGAGCAGCUCCACGAGUCGUCCUGGUUCUAAUGGGGGCUGCGAGGCGUAUUUUCGAAGUUUCAAGAGAAGCAACCGCCUUCGGGGUUCUCCAUGCUUCAUGGACGGAAACGGAGGAGCAGCUCCACGGCUGGAGCAACCGCCUUUAUCAACCUUCCAAGGUCCUGCAGCAAAGGUUCUAUUCAAGGCGCUUGUGCCACACUGCUAAGCUCCAAGGCGGGGUGAACGUACCUGCCGACACCACUGGCAGGCGCCUCCUCUCUCUCACCCAGCUUUUGCUCAACCAAGGGACCUUCAGCAUGUCCAACAUCCAUGGGAGCACCAUGCCUCUCUUGACGGGAUACGGCCUUGGUGACCUUCAUUCACACGCGCGGGAGAUUGCUUCGACGCCGCUAGUUCUCCACACGCGCGAGGCUUCGAGUGCGCAUUGGAAAACAGUCAACAGCACGCAGCCCGCGCCUUGUUACCUGCUGCUCGUGCGCUCCGCAGCACUUCCUGCAGCACUGGCCGCCCUGCCUGCACGUGCUCUCAUUGUAUGGAUUGUAUGCCUUAUUUGCACAGCAGUAGAUGUAUGGCGGAUUCUCCUGCGCCUGGAGCUGCAGAUUCUCCUGCGCCUGGAGCUGCAGAUUCUCAUGUGUCCAUUCUACCACCUCGCUCGCCUCCUCCCCGACCCCGCCAACCUGCCUCUCUCCACCAGCCUGCUCUUCCACCUGCUCUCUCACGCCUGCCUCUGCGCCAUGCCCCGCUCCUCCCUGCUCUUCCUCUUCCAAGCUGCAGCACACCACCUCACGAGAGCCAUGCCUCUCUCGAAGCAUCGCGACUGCCCGCGGGCGCCGCACAUUCAUCUCCUCGCGCUCGGCCUCCUCGCGCUGCUCUCCCUCCCCGCCAUUCUCACGUCCGAAGCCGCUUCCCGCACACCCGCACAGGCGGAGGAGCGCGCGGAGAUGAAGCGCAAGCUGAACGAGAUCGGGGCGCGGCACCCGAUCGUGGUGGUGGGGCGAUCGUACUGCCGCGAUACCCGGCGAACGCGGGCGCUGUUGGAAGGGCUUGCGGGCGACUCGGGCGGGACUAUUUGGCCGGUGAACGUUGACGGCACGGAGGAGGGGCCGGGCAUCGAGAAUGCCGCGGAGGUCGUCUACGGCACCACCGCCAUGCCGCAGGUGUUCAUAGGUGGGCGGUAUGUGGGGGGCAAGGAGCAGGUGAUGGACCUGCAUGAGCGCGGCAAGCUCAAGCCCAUGGUGGACCGCGCUCUAGGCGGAGGCAGGGAGCUGUGA